CGAUGACUUCUGUUUGAUUAUAUUGGUCUGGGAGUCGCUCCAUGAUCUACACAUCAAGAACCACCCCGACGAGAGACUAAAUGGUCGAAGGCUUUGCACGAGAUGCUCCUGAGGGGUUCCAAAACUUCAUCAAAAAUGUAGCCAUUGUAGGAGCUGGCGGGAACAUUGGAAAAGCCAUCGCAGAGGAACUCCUAAAGACUGGGAAACAUACCGUGACAGCUAUCACUCGUAAUGAAAGCACUAGCUCCCUACCGAUUGGUGUCAAGAAGGCCUCUGUCAGUUACGAGGACAGGAAGUCGGUGGUGGCAGCUUUGAAGGGUCAAGACUUCCUCAUCAUCACGCUCUCACUGAGCGCCCCUCCGGGUACUCAUACAUCUUUUGUUCAAGCUGCUGCCGAGGCAGGCAUUUCAUACGUCAUGCCAAACGCGUACAGUAUCAACGCACACACCGAAGCCAUCAGGAGAGACAUUCCUAUCACAAACGCCGCCAUGGAGAAUAUCGCAGAGGUUCAGAAAGCGGGCUUGACUUCGAUUACGCUGAUGAACGGGUUCUGGUGCGAGUACAGCCUCGUCGCAGAUCCCGCCACCUUUGGCUUCGACUUGAAGAAUCGCACGAUUACUUUGUACGACGACGGCGAACAAGCUAUCAAGGUCUCUACAUGGGCACAAUGUGGUCGCGCCGUGGCAUCUGUGUUGAGCCAUAAGAUCCUCCCCGAGAACGCCGACGGUCAGUCGACAACCAUCUCCCAAUUUCAUAACAAGACUGUCUUUGCCUCAAGCUUCAAGUUUAACCAGCGCAACAUGCUGGAGAGUGUCAAGCGAGUGACGGGGACAGCCAAUUCUGACUGGAACAUUGAUCAUGAGACCACUAAAAAGAGGUACAGCGACGGUCUUGAAGAGCUUAAGCAAGGCAAGGAGGAGGGCUUUUAUAAGCUGAUGUACGCUCGUGUCUUCCAACCGACCGAUGAUGCGGACUUCGCGUCUGACAACAAUCUCCUGGGGCUGCCAAUCGAAGAUUUGGAUGAAGCUACACGCACUGCCAUAUCAAUGUAUACAGAAUACUCAAUCGAUAGAUGAGCCACUUAGUAAUAAUUACAGAAAUAUGCGGUAUUAAUACCGGCAUUCUGCUUUAAUUGUAAAGAGCUUCCACUCGAGAUCUCCAUCUUGUCCUCAGCCAGGCUAUGUGGGGUUCGCCAUACAACGAGAUUUGUCAACCAAUCUCUUAGCUCAGAGACUAAAUCAUUUGACAAGAUCAGCUUGCUUCUCUUUGGCUGCCUUCUCUACCUCAAGAGUCUCUGCCCAUGUCAUCUUGGAUAUGCGUGGAGGGGGGUCCCGUUGUCCCUUGGAAUCUCGAGGGACACUUUCUGCUGCGACACAAUCGGGGCCACCGGAAUAAUAAGAGCGGCUAUCAGCUUGAUGAUAUUAGUAGCUGAACAUAUCAAGAGAGAUUCAAUGUCUACAAACCCAUUGUGUUUGUGAUAGACAAC